GGGCACAAAAAAGUAGCGGGUUUUCCGCUGCAAGGACUAACGAGUAAAAGCCAGAGCUUUUGACACGUGGGUUUACAGUGACCGUGAGAUGCGCAUGAUACAGGCGAGAUGUAAAUUUGGGAACCAGAAUAGCAGAAGAGGUAGGAACUGAGAGAUUGAUUUCCACAUAAACACAACCCACAGAGAACCGGGUCCUCCAUCGUCGUCAGAAACUAUCAACCAGAGAGAGAGAGAGGGAAAAUAGACUAGAGAGAGAGAAAUAAGGGGAGGGAGUGUGGUUGAGUUUUUCUCAGUUUGUCUUAAAUUGAGGUUGCAGAAGGAGUCUGUUGCCAUGGCGGCGUUGCAGAGCUGUAAUUCCGUGUCUUUAAUGCUUCCAACACAGAAAAGGAAUUGAAGGAGCGAUCAGCGCUGCCAAAAAAUCCGACGUGUGUCCGGAAAAGCUGCACCGCCCAACGACAACAACUCUGAGAAAAAUUCAGAAAAAAAGGAAAGGAAGAGAAAAAAAAGGAAAAAUCAAGGAACACUCCCAAACGCAAGCAAAAACCCCACCUUCGUCCCCAAAACAAAAAUCAAAUCAAACCCAUAAACCCUUUUUUUUUUUUUUUUUUUGUCUCGCCCUCAUCUUCUCUCCUUCUCUCUAGCUUGUUCGCUUUCUCGGGGGAGAGGAGGCACUAUCGUUUUCACUGGCUCUCGCAAUUUCCUCCGAACGCCUGUUUUUCCAUUCCCAUCAACCCCGACUUAGCUAUCUGCUAUGGAUUUUCUCUCCCAAUUGAGGUUUGGGUCAGCUUUUAGGUCCAAACAAUGGCUGGGUUCUCACUGAGUGGAGGAGGAGGAGGAGCAGCAGCAGCAAAUCAGCGGCAGCAGCACCACCAGAAUAACGAAAUUCCUCCAGAGAGUCUAUUCCUAUACAGAAACGAAGAGAUCUCGUACAACAAGGGUUUCGAGCUAUGGCAACAACAUCUCCACCAACGGCAAACGCAUCAGGAAAUCUAUCCCUCCUCCUUGGCGGUGGGUCCUAGUCGGGAAACUAACAUCGCCGAUGAGUUGUCGUCGAGAGCAGCAAUUGUGACGAUGAGGCAAGGAGGAAGCGGAAGCAUGAGUUGCCAAGACUGUGGCAACCAAGCAAAGAAGGACUGUUCUCAUAUGCGGUGCAGAACUUGCUGUAAGAGCCGAGGGUUUCAGUGCCCAACCCAUGUUAAGAGCACUUGGGUCCCUGCUUCUAGAAGGCGGGAGAGGCAGCAACAUCUCGCCGCUCUUCAACAACAGCAGCAGCAGCUCCGAGGAGAGAAUCCCAAAAGGCAGAGAGAGAAUCCCAGUGCUCCCUCUCUCGCCUGCACUCGUUUACCCACCACCACGUCAGGGUUGGAAGUAGGCAACUUUCCCGCCGAGGUGAAUUCUCCGGCGGUCUUUCGUUGCGUUCGUGUGAGCGCCUUCGACGAAGCAGACGAUCAGUAUGCUUAUCAGACGGCUGUGAACAUCGGAGGCCACGUCUUUAAGGGCAUUCUCUAUGAUCAAGGUCCCGAAGGUCAUUACGUUCCCGGUGAAAGCUCCUCCGGUGGUGGAGGAGUUCCCCUUAAUCUCAUCACCGCUGGUACCGCCACCACCACAACCACAACCAAUGUUACUACUACUACCGCAGCUGCCUCGGCCGCUGCCGCGUUGCUUGAUCCUACCUCUCUAUACCCGACUCCCAUCAACGCUUUCAUGGCGGGUACGCAAUUCUUCCCACACCCAAGAUCUUAAAACAUCAGUCGUUUUUCCUUUUUCUUUUUUUAUCCUUCCAAUCUUUCUCCUGCCUCUCUAACCAACCUUCUCUUUUAUCUUCUUCAUUGUUGUUGUUCAUGUCGUUGUUGUUCUUGGUACUUUAACACUUAUUGAUCUCGACGAAGAGAAAAGAAAAGACCUAUUAGAGAUUAGUGAGAAAUGCGGAUGUCUGUUCGAAUUUCAACCUAGAUCUUCAUAGUUCCAUUAUCUUGUCUGCAUUAUUCUUCA